AGGAAAGCCUCGCUCCCCGCUUGGCUGCCCUCCCGACGGGGGCUCGAUGGCAGAGGCGAUAGGAGCCCGCCUCGUUCGGAACCGCUUCUUCGGCGGUUUCGUAUGCGGAGCGGCCCUGGGUGCCACAGUCUCGGGGCUGCUCGCCAAAAAACUCCUCAGAAAGCCCGACUGGCCACCGAGUGCCGCCGCGCCCCAGCCAGAAGAACCGCGGCCAUCGACACCGCUGCCGUUGGGAGAACCUGGACCAAAAUCUAUAUUGGAAAGAUAUGGAUUUCCUGCAGCUGGAACUCAAAUCAGAUAUUACACCAAUCAUGCUCUCUCUUAUGAUCAGGCAAAACGAGUACCUAGAUGGGUGAUUGAACAUAUUUCCAAAUAUAAAACUUCAGGCAGUGCAGACAGAAAACAUUGUAAAUUUAAAGCAGAUCCUAACAUCCCUUCCAUGUUCAGUGCUGUGAAUGAAGAUUACAUCGGCAGUGGCUGGUCACGAGGUCAUAUGGCACCAGCAGGGGACAACAAACAUUCGCCAGAAGCCAUGGCAGAAACAUUUUAUCUAUCCAACAUCGUGCCUCAGAACUAUGAGAAUAAUGCUGGUUUCUGGAAUAGAGUGGAGAUGUAUUGCCGGGAGCUGACUGAAAGAUUUGAAGACAUCUGGAUUGUUUCAGGACCCUUGAUGUUACCUCAGUCGGAUGAAGAUGGGAAGAAGAAGGUUAUCUAUCAGGUAAUUGGGAAAGACGAGGUGGCUGUACCUUCUCAUCUCUACAAAGUCAUUCUCGCCAGGCGAAGUGAAGUGUUUCAAGAUCCUUUGCUACUUGGAGCCUUUGUGGUACCAAACCGUCCUAUUGGAUUUGACCAUCAGCUCCAGGAAUUCCAAGUUGGCAUUGAAGAUCUGGAGAAAAUGUCCGGUCUUGUUUUCUUCCCAGAAGUGAAUAAAUCUGAAGAUGUUAGAAAUAUCUGUGAGGUUGAUACUUGUAAGCUAAUGACCCUGGAAGAAUUUACUUUGUAUAUCACAACUCGGAAACUACAGAAUGCAAGGACACCAGAAAGGCUAGGGAAAAUCAUGUCUGAGUUACGUGAAAAAGGAAUUGAACCAGAUGAGUAUCUCUUAAAGGUUUAUAACAAGAAGAAAGAAGAAUUAGCUGAACAAACCACAGCAGAAGUUAGAGAAAGAAAAGUUGGUUGAACUUAAAAAGUUUGGUGUUGUAUUUCCAGAGGUGUAGCUGUUAAAAAAGCUUUCAUAACCAUUCUCUUUGGCUCUUCCCCUAUGAUAAAAAUAUAAAAUUUACCAUAUGAAAUUGAAACAUUCUCUGUGCUGGGAGUUGAUAGGGGUGCUUUUCUAAAUUAGCCGUCAAAUAUUCAAAUUUAUGGGAUUCUUUCAUGAAACGCUAGAAAAAAACCACUGGGAAUAUAAGCAAGAUUUUUCCAUUGCUAUCUAUUCAAUACUUUUCUAAUAUAUUUGCUUUAGAAGUGUUUUAUUCUUUCCUGUUAAGAUUAUAUCACUGAUUUUAAUUUGACGUUUUUAGAAUAAUAUCUAUUAUUUUCUUCCUUCCUCCUCCCUUUCCCCCACCCCCAGUUCCCCAUUCAGCUGCUUUCUUCAUGGGAAUUUGAUUAAAUCCACAUUUCUAAUUUAAAAUCUGGGUAUACAGCAUAAAACACACACACACUCUCUGUUUAAAUGUCUUACAAUAAUAUCUCACGUUGAGCUCACAUAUUCUGCCAUGGUUUGUUAAACCGUGAUGUAAUUACAAAAACAUCAGUGACUGGAUUUACAAUGGCUAGGUCAGGCAACUUACUAAAGUAAAACCAAAUGAACCAUAUAAUACCUUCGUGUGUGAAUCCAGUCAUUUGAGUAUCUUUACUGCUCUAAUAGGCCAGCUCAUUUUUUUUAUUAUUGUUAUGGCCAGCUAUUUUUUUUUUAAAGACAACUGAUUGCUUUUUGUGUGUAGUAAUACAUUAUUAUAAUAUAUUAAUAGUAUUACUGUCCUGAAUUUAAAUCUCUUUUGAUUCUUCAGACUAAGCAUUCUUACUGCCAUCACAUCUCUAGAUUGGCCAAUUAACACCCUGUUUUAACACUGCUUUUAUUUAUUUUUCUUUCUGCAACUUGUUUAUUUGACAGAUAGUUGAUGCCCUGAGAGUGUUAUUUUGAGGAAAGUGUUUUGAAAUAAAGAUUUUUCCAGGA